CUCGAAGGUGAAAGAACAAUUUCGAAGAUAGGAAUUGUAGACUACCUCAGUGGAGGUGUGGGUGCCACAUAAUCGCACUUACAACCAAUUGCAACUUAUUAAGAAAGGUUUUUUUGUGAACAACAAGAACUUGUGGACAAUUUGGUCGUGCGGCUCUACUUUAUUUGACUCCUCCGAUAGUUCUGUCACGACACUUCCGUAGUAUACCUGCCUCGGUCGUUGUCACAGGACGUAGUAGAGGAAAGAAGCUCCAACUGCUGCAUUGAAAAAAUAUUUUCAGAAAUGGCAAGAAUCAAUACAAAUGCAGAAGUAUGCCGAGAUGGAGCUUCCUGUCGUUUUCAUCUUCUUUACCAGCUUCGGUAACUUCCAUCCAGACCGAAGACUGUUCCUGAAGGCCGGCACUCGGGAGUAAGUAGUACUAGCUGGUGAAGACUUUCUUGCAGCUUGCGAGGGCCGCAUCAGCAAAACUGUUUUACCACACGAGAAAAGGUGGACAAUAAGCUGCAGAAGAAGUCAAGUACUAUAGAGAUCAUACCGACUUACAACUACGACCACCCAGCUACCCGUCUUCCCUACUACUCUCAGCUAAAGCUGCACGAAGAUGAGCAAGCGCUUGUCCACUGUCUCAGGGACGAGCAGUAACGCCCCGAGCACGCGCCCGUCGGCGUCAAACAAAGCGACUUCGCGGGUCAUGGUAGACACCACAAACGACUGCAGAAAGGACCGGAUGGCCGAUUUGCGGAGAGCCGCGGGGGUCACCGAGGAAGAAGCACAGUUGGCGGUGGAAAUGGGAUACGCGGGCGACGGAUCCGAGGAUUCGGUCCUGCUCCCGCUACUUUCACGCAAGAAAACGGGGGCGGUAUCGUCGACCAAGGUGUCCAAAAUCACGCGGGUACUGGCGGACAUCGAGAAGGACAUAAACGAGUACCUCGAGGACCUGGGCACGCUGACACACAACAUCUCCGUCUUUUCCCGGGAAAUGAAACGGGCAGUGACGCGCGAGGAGGAGGCGAAGAUAACAAACGAGAUGAAGGCCUCAGUGGACCAGGCGAAGGUGUAUAACGCGAAGGUCAAGAACUGCUUGGACGAUCUCGAGUCUCUGCAGAAGACGAAAAAGAACGCACUCACAACCUCGGAAUUGGAUUAUUGCGGAAAAAUCAUCCAGAUCAGCUCCGUGAAAUUCCAGGAUUCAGUAUUGAACUGUUCUUUUUGAUUUUAUGCCGGUCAGUCAUUGUAGCUUAGAACCUCUUUUGUCAUGCAAGGUGGCAAACGAAUACAGAUGCACAAGUGAAAGUGAAAAUGUGAAAAAAAUGGUUUAUCUACUUUAUGCAGAUCAAGAGCCUCCUGAAUGCGCAGUCCGAAUUCGACCGGGAGCACAAGGGAAAAAUGAGGCGACAGGUGCGUAUUUUGUACCCGGAGGCAGCGGACGCAGAGAUAGAAAAAUUGCUCGAGGGCGAACCGGAAGUCAUGAAGAGUAUGCAUUGCAACUGACAAAAAUGUCUGGGUCCUCCUCUGAAAGGGUGCGAACUUGUGAUGCGGAUUCUACUGGAACAGCAGGGAUGGAACAGAAAAAUCCGUACUGUGUGGUACUUAGUCAGCAAAAGAUGAAUUAUGUGCCAAGUUGGGCCGCACCCGCAGGAGAUGCUGGCAUAAGUUCGCAUGCUGACAGAGAAACCUCACCUCCGCAGGAUUACUUGUUUGUCGUGCUCUUUUUGCAUUCGUCCAGAUUUUUUGCGGACGCAAAACCUGUUCGGCAAAAAAUGUUUGUUCCCUUUGUCCCGACCCAGGCACAAAAUUUGCAUUCGAUACAAACCUAUCCUGUGCAAAAGUAUCGUACUCGUAUAAAUGCAAGUCUUACAUUACAAUUUUUUUUUCUAAGGUAAAUCCGCACGACAAAUUUCAUUUCUCAUGCUGAGGGAAUUUGUAAUGCAUUUAUACGAGUGCGAUAUCUUUGUAAUGCAUAAAACCAUGUUCGAGCAGAAAUUCAAGCGAGGCCAGGGCGGCGCACGUAGUUUUGCUUUUGUUUGAUGGAUUGAAAUUAAUAUCUGCGGUUUUGCAAGUUUUGCAUCGCAAGUUCUUCGGUACACGUGAUAGUACAGAGAACUCGCUAGGAGAUAUUGUUCCCAAGGGAAAACACGCAUCCAAACGCAUUGUCUUGCAUGUGUAGCAAUACGUGCCGUAGUUCCAUUUUCAGCAUCACAAAGAAGUUUUUCCUUACGUUGGACAUGGAAUAGCAAUGAAUUUUCAACAUCAACACAGAAGUGGAGGACGACCACACGCUGCAUGAAAACCUGGAGCUGUUGAAGUCCCAGCACGACGACAUGAUAUCGUGAGAAAAAACUGUCAACUUGUAAUGCGGAACUUCCUUGAUGAAGCAGUUUUUUGUCAUGCUAGAGAUGCAAGAAAGGGCUCUUCCGUUCUAUGUUGUUUCUUCUCUUGCUGUCUGAACGCAUCAGGACUCACUCUUGCUGGUUCGCAAAUUUGUAUUGCUGAGUCCUCUACAAUAAAAGUUUGAUACUGUCUGAGACAGUUUUUUCUGGCGAUAUUUGAUGGAGUUAGAACAGUCCGUGAUUGAGCUGAACGAGCUCUUCUUCUAUCUGGCCGCGCUGGUGGAGGCACAGGCGAAGACAUUGCACUCCAUCGAGGACUAAGCACUGCAAAUAUCGAACAUCUGGGUCUGGAAAGUUCGAAUUUGUAUAAUGCUGGUCGUGCAUUCCUGUCGAGUGCAAAUCUGUAUUGCAUAACCAACAAAGGUCGCGCCCUCUGCUUCUGAUGCGGGCUGCGCAUGAGAAAGCUUGUUCUGGAAAGUUGGCAUGCUUGGCUUCGUUCGGAAGUUUUUCCCUCAUGCAAGCAUAUUUUAGCAUCACAACUUUUCACCAGACCCAGACACAUGAUUUGCAUUUGAUAGGGACAGUGUCAACAAGACCGACAACUACGUCGGGGAAGCGGUGGUGCGACUGGCGCAGGCGGAGAAGUCCAAAAAAGCCUACGAAACCAAGAGAAGCUGGCUGAAAAGCGGAUUUGGGACCCUGAUGAUUGUUGGAAUCAUCAUUGGGGUUGUGCUUCUUUUCAUUUUCUGCAUCAAGCCGCUCCUAGACGCGAAGAGCGCUGUGACGGGAUGAUCCUGAGUUUGUUUCGGGACUACUUUUUGCAAAAUUUAAUAAACGUGCAUCAAUUACAACUAUACUUUUAACCAUUUGAUAUUUCGAAUUCGAAGAAGAAGAAGAUCAUUCUCAUUGUCCAUCUUCAUAGCUGAGGUAAAAACUACAUCAAGCACAGACCGUUUGAAAUAGUAUUCAAGUUGCAGAGGAUCUUUUUACAGGUAGACCAAAAUUAACUUUGUGCGGCACAAUUCUUUUUUGUACUCGCCGUUAUUGUAGAUGUUGAUCAUCACCGAAGAUCUCAUCUGUACAGUAUGUAAGAAAAACUGCGGCUUUUUUGUCUCCGACUAUACACAAACAAAAUGCACAAGGAGGACGAGCAAAAAUGCAUACAUCUGUUACUUGAUACGUACUCAUGACAUUCAAGCAAACAAGCGCCUUCUGGUGCUCCACUUGGUUGUACUAUUUCAGAAGUUUUUUUCGGCUUUUUAUGUGAUAAUGAAAUAAAUCUGUCAUGGAUGUGGCUGGCCUGUACAAAAGUUGAUAGUGGUGCGAAGAACCGUUUUUAUACACCCUGUACACAAAGUUGUUUCUGACCACAGCGCUGGCAGCAGAUAUAGACGAAAAUACGC